CCUGCCUGACGACUGUGUUUAAGUCUCAACGACUAAGCGCAGUGAAACACUUUUCUGGGGGCACCAUGAGGUCCAUUUCAGGCUCCCAGGAUGUUAUUGAACUUCCACGUUUUACCUUCAACCCAAAGGAAGGGAUCGAUAAUCCAGCUCUCGUCAUCAAUGAUGAUCUUGACCACGAUCAUUUGCCCAAACUCUACCAGUUGAGGCGGGUAGAGGGGCAGAACUUUGGCUUCAACCUGCGUAAAACCAUGGACAGUCCCGGCUUUGAAGUCACAGAUGUGGCGUCUUGGAGCCCAGCUGAGCACAGCGGACUUAAAGAGGGGGAUCGAGUGCUCGAGGUUAACGAGGAAUUUGUGGUCAACGUGGACUUCUUCAGGGUUGCAAGGAAGAUCCAGUCAUGUGGCUUACAUUUGGUUCUACUGGUGCUGAGGAGAGAUGACUACGAUCAGGCAGUGUGUAUGGGUGUAGACCUACAGAUGUUGGCUACAGCCUCCAAGGGUGGUCCUUGCUCUCGGCCCAGACUGUGUCACAUCAGCCAGAGCCCACAAUGUGGACUGGGGAUGGCCCUGACCUCCGUGGAAGGGCAUAAAGGACAACACAUCCUGAGUAUAGUAACUGACGGUCCUGCAGAGACGGCUGGAGUCACCAGCGGAGACAGACUGGUGUGGAUAAACGGCGUUGCAACAUCCACUCUCAAACACUCCUUUCUCAACAAAUCUCUGAAGAAGGGUGUGGACUCUGUGACGGUGCUGGUCGUUGAUGGUGAAAGCCAGUCUUGCUAUGCCAGGAGGAAGAUGCCCAUUAUGCCUGUACUGGCAGAACCCUGUUGUCUCCCACACUCGGCCAAGACGAUGCAUUUGGUCAAAGGACCUGACGGAUUUGGUUUCCUGUUGAGACAAGAGAAGCUGCCACUUACUCAACAAACAGUUCACUUGCUGCGGGAGGUGGAUGAGGGCAGUCCAGCAGAAGAUGCGGGGGUGGAGGAUGGAGAUCUACUACUGGCAGUCAACGGCGAACCAGUGGAGUCCAUGGAGCAUGAGGAUAUCGUCAAAAUCAUUCGAAAGAGUGGUGAUAGAGUCAGCCUAACCACUAUAUCUAUACCAGGAAGAGGAUUCUUCAGACAACUUGGUAUUUCUCCCCUGUUCUUUCACCAUGAAUUCAUACACCAGGAUGGCUGUGUCCCAGGUCAGACUGGAGCUCAAACAACGCAGCUGCAAAGAGUGGGUAAUGCUCUCUUAUAAUGGAACUCUGGAAACCAUCCAUCCACGAUGACUGAGGAGCUCAUGGUCAGCACAUAAGGAUUUGGGCACAAAAUGUUUUUAUGCACGUUUUCACUUUUUUUUUCUUGUCUAAGUGCUGGCACUGAAUCAACCUUUCUGACCUUGUGAUUUAGAAAUGUUCCUGCUGUUGUAUUUAACUGUAAUAUAAGCUUUGUAAAUUACAAUUUGCAAUAAAUAAUUGCAAAAUUAUACACAAAAAUCC